UUUUCUCUUCCUUUUAAUUUCUGUAUACAUCCUGAAUAUUCUCAUUCUCUUCAUCCUGUGCAUCUCCAUUCGAAAACCUUUGCAAACAUGAGCAUUUCUCCUACCAAUAGUACCCAUGCACACCAGGCCAUCGCUUCGACUUCCGCCUCUGCCACCGGAACUGCUGUCUCCACAACAACCACAGCAACAACUGUUCCCCACAUCCGAAUUGUCCCCCACUUGGACGCUCCACGGUCACUCCACUUUGAUGUUGUAGACAAGGAUGUGCCCGAAGGCUUUGUCCUCAAAAUCGGCCGCUUCACCGACAAACAAUCUUUGCCCAACAGAGUCACCUUCAAGUCCAAAGUCGUUUCGCGUGGCCAUGCAGAAAUCUUUACAGAGAAUGGAAAGUUUUUCAUCAGAGAUACCAAAUCAUCCUCUGGUACUUUCCUCAAUCAUGCUCGAUUAUCGCCUCCAGGAGUCGAAUCAAAGCCUACACUGCUCAAGGAUGGUGAUGUUAUCCAGCUUGGAGUGGAUUAUCAGGGAGGCACACAAGAAAUCUAUCGAUGCGUCAAGAUGAGGCUCGAACUGAAUCGGUCAUGGCAGCAGCAAGCCAAUCCUUUCAGAGAGAAUACCCUAAAGGCUAUUAGAACCUUAACAACAGCUAAAGCCGAGAGUUCAACAGAUUGCUGCAUUUGCCUCUUCCGUAUCGCAUCUUUCCAAGCACUCUUUGUUGCCCCUUGCUCCCAUGUCUACCAUUAUAAAUGCAUUCGACCUAUGCUUAUCUCCAACCAUCCAGGAUUUCUUUGUCCACUCUGUCGAACUUUUGCUGACCUGGAUGAUGCGGUCGAAAUUGAUGAUCCGAUUGAAGAAGAAGCCUCGGCACUAGUGGCCACGGAUACUCCUGACAUUGAGAAUGGAGUGCAAGCGCACGAUUCUAUAGAACGUAUUAAUGAGGCGGAAUCUGUGACGGCAGCACAGCAGGCUAAUGAAUCACAGCCAACACCAACAGAAGAGGCAUCCGUAUCUACACCGCCUUCUGUCCAAGCACAUACAUUCCAGCCUCCUCAGGACAUCAAUACCAUGCAGGUAGAUACACCAGGAAUAGCGGAAGACGUUGGUGUCGUACAGCCCUCUACUACUCCUCCAUCACCUCAACAACAACAACAACAACAGCAGCAGCAGCAGCAGCAAGACUCGGCUUCUGCCUCUGCAACAGUAGCGCCUAUGGACAUUGCAGUUUCAGGAUCAUUAUCAUCCUCAGCUCAGGCAGCAUCGAUGGACUCUAUCACCCAACAAUCACCAUCAGCUGCUUUUCUGUUGGCCCCAUCACCACCCAUGUUCGUUUCGAACUUUGGUGUGACCCCGAUUCCUUUUGCAGCAACUUCAUCAUCAUCCACACCAGCGUCUAGUAGUCCUAGACAGCCGUCGCCUUCAACUCAACAUCAUAUCCACCAUGUGCCAUCAAGUCCUACGAGUACGAGUAUGAGCCACAUGUUCCAAAACCUUGUCCGUAACAUCACAAUUCCACACCGCAACCGCAGCAGGACCAACUCUAAUUCAGCAUUAUCGCCUCUCCCCCCUACACAUUCUGCAGGUGGCCUCCGUAGUACAGGUAGCCCCGUAGCAGCAUCUCCAAGUAGGGUGCAGGGUACUGGUACGGAAGUGUUUGGUAAAACCCUUGUAAUGACACCGCCACAGAUCCCGCCAAUGCAAUUAGGUGCCAGAAAUGCAACAAGUCAUUCUGGAGUAUCUGAGCUGGGUGUUGUCUCGGAAAUGGAUGACGAGCCCCGUUCUAGCAACAUCGCGAGCGGUAGCGGAAGCAACAGUAGUCGGAGCAGCAUCCAGAGUCAUGAAAGUGAAGGGGCAUUACGUCGCGGCGAAUCUGAUAAUCUAGCAUUACAGCAUUCACAGACCAUCACUGCUGAUGCGUCAGUGUAAA